UGAACCAUACCCUCUAAGCUAUCAUGUAUGCGGUUUAGGUUACACGUCAAGUCUUUCUUGAAUGAUGCAAAUUCUUGAAACUUGAAGCGAAAAUACUUUAUAACACACGUGUGACAAGUUGACAGCAAAAUGGUGAAGGAACAAUUUAGAGAGGCCGAUGUUGCAAAGAAAAUAAGCCAUGUGACAUUUGGUAUGAUGACAUCUGACCAAAUGAGUCAGUAUGCUCAUCUGCAGGUUGUCAGCAAAAAUCUUUACUCGCAGGAUGGUCAAAGAAAAGCAGUGCCAUAUGGAGUCCUUGACCAUCGGAUGGGCACGAGUGAGAAGAACAAUGACUGUGAGACAUGUGGCAAGGCAUUGGCUGACUGCAUCGGUCACUAUGGUUACGUAGAUUUGGAGCUGCCCUGCUUUCAUAUUGGGUUCUUUAGAACCACCAUAACUGUUCUGCAGAUGGUUUGUAAGACUUGCUGCAGAAUACUGUUGCAACCAGAUGUCAGGAAAAGUUUCCUGGACAGUUUCAAGAGACCAAUGACUUAUCUGCAAAGAAAAAUAGCCAAGAAAAAAGUAUGGGAAAAGUGCAAGAAGACUUCAUUGUGCUGUUAUUGUGGGGCCACAAAUGGAAUGGUCAAGAAAUGUGGCCUGUUGAAGAUAACACAUGACCAGUUCAAGAAAUCAGGGAAGGGAGAUCAUCCAGCCCUUCAAGAAUACGUCAGCUCCUUUGAUAAUGCCAUGGAAAAUAACAAGGAUUUGGAAAGUCUGUUAAAAUCUAACCAGGCUGUGUUGAACCCUCUGGUUGUUAAAAGCAUAUUUGAAAGAAUACCAAAUGAAGACAUCCCAUUGCUGCUGAUGAACUCUGAUGUGGCCCAUCCCAAGGAUCUCAUCCUUACGCGAAUCCUUGCCCCACCUCUGUGCAUACGACCUUCUGUUGUCUCUGAUCUUAAAUCUGGAACGAAUGAGGACGACGUGACCAUGAAGCUCACAGAGAUUAUCUUUCUCAACGAUGUCAUUCAGAAGCACAAGGCUACAGGGGCAAAGAUGCAGAUGAUCAUGGAGGAUUGGGACUUCCUUCAACUGCAGGUGGCACUCUUGUACAACAGUGAGACAUCAGGCAUUCCCUUGCACAUGCAGCCGAAAAAAUUCACCAGAGGUUUUGUGCAGCGCUUAAAGGGUAAACAGGGUCGUUUCCGAGGUAACCUGUCAGGAAAGAGAGUGGAUUUCUCCGGUAGAACAGUCAUCUCCCCUGACCCAAAUAUGGGUAUAGACCAGGUUGCCGUGCCGAUCCAUGUUGCCAAGGUGAUGACCUACCCAGAGAAGGUCAACAAAGCCAACAUAGAGCUGAUGAGGAAGCUGAUAAUAAAUGGCUGUGACGAGCAUCCUGGAGCAAACUUCAUCCAGCAGAGGCACACCAAUAUCAAACGUUUCUUGCGCUACGGAAACCGAGAAAAAAUAGCAAAGGAGUUGAAAACUGGGGAUAUUGUGGAGCGUCACAUGAUCGAUGGAGACAUAGUUCUAUUCAACAGACAGCCUUCCCUGCACAAACUGAGCAUACAGGCCUUCUAUGCCAAGGUGAUGCCUCACAGAACAUUCCGGUUCAACGAGUGUUGCUGCAACCCUUUCAAUGCCGACUUUGAUGGAGAUGAGAUGAAUCUGCACCUACCACAGACAGAGGAAGCCAAAGCAGAAGCUAUCAUCCUCAUGGGGUCCAAAUCAAACAUAGUAACACCAAGAAAUGGAGAGCCACUGAUUGCUGCAAUACAGGAUUUCAUAACAGGUGGCUACCUUAUAACUCAGAAGAACGUGUUCUUUGAUCGAGCCCGUACAUGUCAGCUGAUAGCUGCCAUGUUGGCUUCAACAGAUGAGAGGAUUAAAGUGGACCUGCCACUACCAUGCAUCUGGAAGCCUGUGAAACUGUGGUCAGGAAAGCAGAUCUUCAGCGUUCUCAUGCGUCCCAACAAAGAUGACCCGGUAAAGGCAAACCUUGUCACCAAGGGCAAGCACUACUCCAAAGACAGGGACCUCUGCUACAACGACUCAUUUGUUGUCAUCCGAAACAGUGAGCUGUUGUGUGGAAGCAUGGACAAAGGUACGCUGGGCUCCGGAUCAAAGAACAACAUCUUCUAUGUGAUUCUGCGAGACUUUGGUGAGAUCUACAAUGCCCGCUGCCUGGCGCGGCUGGCCAGACUGUGCCCAGCGUUUCUGAGUAACAGAGGAUUCUCCAUUGGUAUUGGUGAUGUCACGCCUGGCAAAGGUUUGCUGAAGGCAAAGUUUGAGCUGCUAGAUGAUGGGUACAGCACGUGUGUCAAGUACAUCAAGGCCCUGGAGGAGGGCAAGCUGACCACACAGCCGGGCUGCUCGGAGGAGGAGACCCUGGAGGCCAUCAUCCUGCGUGAGCUCUCUAUCAUCAGGGACCGUGCCGGCCAGGCCUGCCUACGAGAGCUGCACUCCAGCAACAGUCCACUCAUCAUGGCAAUCUGUGGAUCUAAAGGAUCAUUCAUCAAUAUCUCUCAGAUGAUUGCAUGUGUGGGUCAGCAGGCUAUCAGUGGUAAACGAGUGCCCAACGGCUUUGAAGACAGAGCUCUCCCACAUUUUGAGAGACAUUCAAAAGACCCGUCAGCCCGAGGUUUUGUACAGAACAGUUUCUACAGUGGCCUGACCCCUACAGAGUUUUUCUUUCACACAAUGGGAGGCAGGGAAGGCCUGGUAGACACAGCUGUGAAGACAGCCGAGACUGGCUACAUGCAGAGGAGACUGGUCAAGAGCCUGGAGGAUCUGUGCUCCCAGUAUGACCUGACUGUGCGUAACUCAACCAGCGACAUUGUUCAGUUUACCUAUGGGGCUGACAGCCUUGAUCCGGCUGCCAUGGAGGGCAAUGACAUACCAGUAGACUUCCAAAGGGUUUAUGAUCACAUCAGGGCUAACACCAACUUAGAGUGUAGAGGGGAGCGAUCACUCAGUGGUCAGGCUCUGACAGACACAGUGGAGGAAUUCCUGUCACUGCCCAGAUACAAACAUUACAGCGAGGAAUUCAAAAAAGAACUCAGAGAGUUUGUGACCACUGCUGCUGGCAAAAUUAUGAAAGUGCGGUCCCGUUAUGGUGUGGACAGUUCGGGCAACUCUAUACCAGUUCUCUACCAGCUGGAGAGGGUGACCCGCACCCAGGUGGAGAGGUUCCUGGACUGCUGUCAGGACAAGUACAUGAGGGCCCGUAUUGAGCCAGGCACAGCAGUGGGGGCAGUGUCAGCCCAGAGCAUUGGAGAGCCAGGCACACAGAUGACCCUGAAGACCUUCCACUUUGCUGGUGUUGCCUCUAUGAACAUCACACAGGGUGUGCCCCGUAUCAAGGAGAUCAUGAAUGCCUCCAAGAACAUCAGUACUCCCAUAAUCACUGCCCACCUGGAUGUGGACAAUGAUGCAGAGUUUGCCAGGGUCGUUAAAGGGCGCAUUGAGAAGACUGAACUGGGAGAGGUGUCCGAGUACCUGGAGGAGGUGUUCCUGCCGGAUGACUGCUUCAUUCUGGUCAAACUGGACCUGGAGAGGAUCAGACUUCUCAAGCUCGAGGUGAAUGUGGCGUCCAUCAAGGAGUCCAUUGUACUCUCUAAACUGAGGAUUAAACCACAGAAUGUGCAGGUGCAUAGUGCGGCCGUACUGACCAUCCAUCCCAAGGAGUCGGCCAAGAGCUCCAUGUACUACACACUGCAGUUCUGGAAGAAGGAACUGCCUUCAGUCAUGAUCAAGGGAAUACAGUCAGUGACAAGGGCUGUAAUCCACAUAGAUGAUAGCAAGGGCAAUAAAUCUUACAAACUGCUGGUAGAGGGAGAUAACCUGAGGAAAGUCAUGGCAACCAGAGGAGUGCACGGAUCCCAGUGUAUCUCCAACAACACAAUAGAGGUUGAGAAGACGUUGGGUAUCGAGGCUGCACGUAAGACCAUCAUGAACGAGAUCAACUACACGAUGAGCAGCCAUGGCAUGAGCAUUGACAUCAGACAUGUCAUGCUGUUGGCAGACCUCAUGACAUACAAGGGUGAGGUUCUCGGUGUGACCAGGUUUGGUCUGGCCAAGAUGAAGGAGAGUGUCCUCAUGCUGGCCUCGUUCGAAAAGACAGCUGACCAUCUGUUUGAAGCUGCUUACCAUGGACAGAAGGAUGUGAUUUCAGGCGUGAGUGAGUGCAUCAUCAUGGGUAUACCAAUGACUGUUGGUACAGGCUUGUUCCAGCUUCUACAUAAAGCUGAGAAGAAACCCCCAACACAGCGCCCUCUUCUGUUUGACAUCCCAGAAUUCCAUGUUCCUGGGAUAGUCUCAUGACGUCACAAGAAUCUUUUUGGUAGACCAGUCUCUAUGUGGACAGUGGCAUAGAAUUGUUGUUGUACAUAAGUAACGAUUCUGUUCCAAUUGAUCAUCGGUGCAUUUCGUUUAUUGUUAUGGAAAAUAAACUGAGAAGAAAAUAAA